UGGAAGCAAAGGGAUCGCGAGUGACUUCGAAGCGAGAGGGUGGGAGUAGGCCUUCAUCCCCGCCUACUCCCAAUUCUACGUCUCCAAGCUCCGCCCGCUCCGUUUGGAGUAGCCGCGUUUUGUUGUCACCUUAGUAGAAGGGGCACAAAGGAGCAGUAGCCAUGUCAUCGUCUUCUUCCGAUCAAUAUGAAGAAGGAGAGUACGGGAGCCUGGCCAAGAGACUGAAGAGCGGCCAAGAGGACGGAGAAAUCGACUGCACAUCGGAAGAGCAGGACAGGGAUACACCGGAGCCCACCAGAGGGACGCCCAGUUAUGGGGACAGCGGGGGAAACCAUCACAAGGUGUCCGUGUCUCCAGUUGUCCAUGUGCGAGGGCUCUGUGAAUCGGUAGUGGAAGCUGAUUUGGUGGAAGCACUUACCAAGUUUGGGCCAAUAUGUUAUGUCAUGAUGAUGCCCUUCAAACGACAAGCACUAGUGGAAUUUGAAGACAUAGAAUUCUCUAAAAAAUGUGUGGCUUUUGCUGCCAACGAACCAGUGUACAUAGCAGGCCAGCAAGCUUUCUUCAACUACUCUACCAGCAAGCGCAUCACCAGACCAGCUAAUAAUGAAGACCCAUCCGGGGGAAAUAAAGUUCUGCUCCUCUCCAUUCAGAAUCCCCUCUAUCCAAUCACAGUCGAUGUAUUAUAUUCAGUCUGCAAUCCAGCUGGAAAGGUGGAACGCAUUGUUAUCUUUAAGAGAAAUGGAAUCCAGGCUAUGGUUGAAUUUGAUUCAGUUCAUAGUGCCCAAAAGGCCAAAUCUUCUCUAAAUGGAGCUGACAUAUACGCUGGAUGCUGCACAUUGAAGAUCGAAUAUGCCAGGCCCACGCGACUUAAUGUAAUUCGGAAUGAUAAUGAUAGCUGGGAUUACAGCAAGCCCUAUUUAAGCAGACGAGAUCGUGGUAAAGGGAGACAGAGGCAGGCUAUUCUGGGGGAUCACCCAUCUUCCUACAGAUAUGAUGGCUAUGGAAACCAUGGCCCUUUGUUGCCAUUGCCUAACCUGUACAGGAUGGGAUCCAGAGAUACUCCAGAGCUAGUUGCCUAUCCUCUGCCACAGGCUUCCUCCUCAUACAUGCACGGGGGACCACCUGUAGGCUCAGUAGCCAUGGUUAGUGGCUUACAUCCGCAAAAGAUUAAUUGCUCCCGGGUUUUUAACCUAUUUUGCCUGUAUGGCAACAUCGAAAAGGUAAAGUUCAUGAAGACCAUUCCUGGUACAGCUCUUGUAGAAAUGGGCGAUGAGUAUGCUGUAGAAAGAGCAGUAACACACUUGAAUAACGUCAAGCUUUUUGGAAAGAGAUUAAAUGUUUGUGUCUCCAAGCAACACUCAGUUGUCCCCAGCCAGAUAUUUGAAUUAGAGGAUGGAACUAGCAGUUAUAAAGAUUUUGCUAUGAGCAAAAACAACCGAUUUACCAGCGCUGGCCAAGCCUCCAAGAAUAUUAUCCAGCCUCCGUCUUGUGUUCUGCAUUAUUACAAUGUUCCCUUGUCUGUGGAAGAAGAAAUGUUUCAAAAGCUGUGUGAAGAUCAUGAAGUUUCCACAUUCAUUAAAUUUAAAGUGUUCGAUGCAAAACCAUCAUCUAAAACACUCUCUGGACUGCUAGAGUGGGAAUCUAAGACUGAAGCAGUAGAAGCACUCACAGUAUUAAAUCACUACCAAAUAAGAGUUCCUAAUGGUUCGAAUCCCUACACCCUGAAGCUCUGCUUCUCCACGUCUUCCCAUCUGUGAACGAGUGCAUGAAAAAGAAACUUGGGAACUAAACAGUGUUUUGUUAUUUUCAUCCUUUCAUAAUGUGCAUAUGUAACGAUGUUGUGGUUUUUUUUUUUUUUAUUACUUUUUUGGGCACCUGUCAUUGGGUGGUUUUCUUACCUUUUGACAGGUUUAAAGCAGCACUACAUGUUUAAAAUGAAAAUCUGUUUUUAUUCUUAACUCAUGUUUAAACAAAGGUGAGGUCUGUGUUGUUUUUUUUUUUUAAAUUGCAUUUUAAUUGAGACUUUAUUACUGCCCCUGCUGUAAAUG